AUGGAUCUCCAACAAGCACCGCCAUCCCGUGGUAACCUGACUGUCCUCGACCGUCUUACUCUGCUACCAGUCGAGCUCCAAAAGCAGGUUCUGCUCGAAUACCUCACGGUAAGUAAGCCUCCCUGCGCCCUCGCCCUCUUCGUGCCCGACUGGGGCGUCUGCGCCCACGCCUCGGACCCCGUGAACGAGAUUUACGACCUCCAGCGGAUCGAUGUCUACAUCAAGGGCGUGGCCGGCGCCAAAGGUGAGUUCGAGUUCGGGGUGAAUCACGGCGAUGGAGAUCAUGCGUCCUUUCCGUUGAUGAAGCAGAUGGAGAAGAGUCCUCCACCGCACGGGCAGCAUGAUGGUGCUUCAUUGCGGGAAGAACUCGAUAAGAGGUUCCCGACGGCGAUGGAAUGGGCUCUGCGCGAUAUUGGACGGAACGGGCUAGGAGGGUUUGAGCAGAUCUGGCCGAGGGGCCCGGAUGACGAAGUAGGUAGGCGCAUGGCUGGCGGGGCGCUGGUCUUCCGUGAAGAGAGCGGCCGCGAACGCUUGCGUGGUCGAGUCGUCAACCGUCAUCCCUUGACAAGAGCCGCAGACUGGAAGUCGAGCAUGGAAUCGCCGCGACAUCUGAUGUUCAAUGGCUUCCCCUCGGAUCCCUGGCUCCAGCUCCGCCUGCGGCGAAACGCUCUCACUAACUUCCGAUGCGAAAUGGAAAUCGUCGUCGAACGGGGAUCCGAGCUGCGCGCCGUCGAUUGGGCCGCCAUGACGCAGCUCGAGACGCUCUUUCUCGAUCUGCGAACAUAUGCCCGGGGCGGUAGUCUCCACCGGGACGGUAUCCGGCGCGGCGCGGCGCGGAUGGGCUGUCUGCGGCUCGGGUGUCUCGUCGUCGCGGGUUUGCGGACGGGGGAGAGGUACGUUCAGUCGCGGUCGCCCGGCUGGCGGCUGUGUGAGUGGGAGACGGACGACGAGGAGGUUGGUGGUGGGGUGAAUUGGGUCAAGGUGUUUUCGCCGGCGCUGGGGGAGGGUGGCAGGAUGGUGUUUGUUGAUCAAAGGGUGGUGGAUGUCGACUGGGACGGGUGGAGGGUCAGGGCUGAGGGGUCAGGGCUGCUGCUUCCUGCGGUUGAGGAGGGCUUGGAUGGGGAUCGUGUGAGUGAGGCGUAUUUGAGGCAUGUGGACAAGGUGAUGGGCGAUGGUAAGUAA